AGAGACCUUGGCCAGCUGCGGCCCGCCAUUUGCACAUUGCGUUUCCGUAGAUUUACGGUGAGUCUUUGCAGUCAUGGAGAUGUACGAAGAAAGACCUCCAGAAAUCUUCACAGGUGGCUACUUCGAUCAGGCCAACAUUGUGAACCAAACAGAAGGCCUGCAAGACUUCAGGCGUAGACAAGAAGGACAUUUGAUCAUCGCAGAUGACCGACCUCUGCUGGUUAUGUCGUUUGGCCUGAAAUAUCAGGGUCCCAACCCUUCCAAGUACAAAAUAGAAGGCAAGUACGACAUCCCAGUUGGAUUCAAGGUCAUCAUCAAGUGGGAAGAGGAUGAGAUUGUGUUCAUGACCCGCCAGGGCACCUUCGGACCAGAGUUUCAGAUCGUCUACCUCCCGCAGAGUCCGACUCCGGAAGAUUUCACGGUCUUCGAGUGGAAUGCCAACAUUGCGGAGAUAUGGGACCAGUUCCUCACGGUCAUAGAGGGCAAGGAGGAUAGAGAUAUGCGACUCUUCAAUCAAGGACCUUGGCGGACCUUCGGAGUCACGAGAGACGAGGUGCAGAUGGCGCUGAAGCAGGGCACAGACCAGAAGACCAUUGUGGAUGGUAUCCUGUACUGCGCCGACGGCAUAGAGCCUGAUUUGCAGGAACACAUGCGUUACCUCGGCGUGGAUCCGGCAACGGAUGAGAACAUCCUAUGGAUCUUCACUGCCUUCAAGGAGGAGCCUCUACCUCCAAACUUCUCGCAGUACGUCAAGGAUGGCAUGGUGUACUGGGUAGAUGAGCGCACAAGCGAAGCAACAUGGAAGCAUCCGCACUACGAUAAGUUCAGGAAGAUGCUCCAGGUGGCCCGCAACCAGAAGCCAGUGCCUCACUGGAAGUCGAUCAUGGAGUUCAGGAUUGAGUUCUUGUUAUCCAACAUCUUCACCUGGGAAGCAGAGGCCUCUGGUGACUUUCCUCUAGUUGAAACCGUUGACAACGUGAUAGAAAUGGCAAGAAUAUUUGGCGUCGACAUCAAGAACGAGCCGUAUUUGGUUCACGUGCUCAAGCGGGCUCUUAGACAUUAUGGCAAUUGCGUGAAGGAGAAGCGAAAAGUCAAGGAUGUGGAGGAUUUCCGCAACUUGAUGCACCGCUACCGAGAUCUUGUCAGCCAGUACGAGCAGGCCAUGAGCAUAGAAGAGAAACGCGUGGAGAAGCUGAAGAUCUGUGUCCAAUGUGACGAGCGAGAUGCGGUGCUGUUCUGUGAUCAGUGCAAAGACUUCUUUUGCCAAGGCUGCUUUGACAGGCUCCACAGCAGAGGCCGCCGGCAGAACCACCGAAGAACUUGGGUGGAGAUGGGAAUGUGCGCAGAGUGCGUCGAGAGCAUUGCGCUUUUCCAUUGCGUGCAAUGCGCUGAUCUCUACUGUCGGGAUUGCUACCAGGAGUGGCACGUACGUGGCGGUCGAAGGAAUCACAUUCCCAUCAUCCUGAGAUCGUUCAACUCUCAGACGCACCAGCUACCAGAAGCCACGCCUGCAAUGGGCACCGGAGCUGCCCAGAUCCUGGCCAAGGCUCGAAGUCCAUGGGUGGAGUUUAUCGAUGAGAACAAUGUCAAGCUGUAUUACAAUAUCCUGACUACAGAAUCGAGGAGAGACAAGCCGCUCGCCGUGAUCAACGAGCCCAUUGAAGACAACAAGGGUGGAGGUAUGAGUGCGGGGUGGUCUGGGACAUGGGGCGCCAAUAUGUUCCCCGAUCCACUUGACAGCCGUGCCCAGCCAAGCGCACCCCAGAUGGAGACAGCAUUCUAGCGUCUUCAAAGGUGCGGAAAGCACGGGGCAUGCGCUUGUACAGGUUCAGGUUUUCACCGUGUCACUCGCCUGUCCCGUAGAGAGAGAGGCGAUCUCACGUUUCACACUCCGCACAACAUGUGCAUCAACCAGCUUGGACAU